AUGUCGAACGUAGGUGAUGACAUUCUUCACAACAUACUUGCUCGACUUCCCGGAAAGCCUUUACUACGGUUCAGAUGUGUCUCGAAACAUUGGAAUGGCCUAAUUUCAGAUCCCUAUUUUAUGAAGUCCAGAUCACGUCGCAUGAUCCUUUUGCCGUUCCCACGGCCUCUCGUUGCUUUAGACGACAACGUACCAGUCGAAGACGAGGCUCAUUCCAUGGUUAGAAUUCACUUUCCUUUUGAAUACACACGAAUGUAUAUUGUCGGAACCUUGAAUGGCAUUGUGCUUUUGGCUCUUUAUGAUACGUUUAUGGCUUGUCAAUUGAUCCUAUACAAUCCCUUAACCUGUGUAUCCAAGGUCUUGGUUACGGAUCCCACUUGUAAGGACCCUUAUGUGUUUGGAUUUGGAUAUGGUGCGUCGACAGACGACUUAAAGAUUGUUAGAUUUGAGGCUUUUCGGAAUGAAAAUAACGUUCCUAUGUAUAAAUGUGAUGCCUUUGAUCUUAAAACUAAUUCGUGGAGCACGCCACCACAAUACUACAUACAAUAUUUUCACUUUGGGGGUGCUGCGGGUGUGUUUAUAAAUGGCUUUUUGUAUUGGUCAUUUUACUAUCCGUAUUUUGGGAUUCUGGCUCUCAAUGUUAAGGACAUGGUAUCAUCGACAAUAUAUGUACCAGGUACGCGUGCAGGGCUUCUCUUGGGUUCCCUAGACGGAUACCUUUGCAUGGUUAACAAUGUGACUGGUAGCUUUACAUUUGAUGUGUGGUUGAUGAAAGAAGAGGGCGUGUGGUUAAAAGCACGUUCAUUCAGAUUCGGUUCCGAAGGCAACGUGUUCUACCCUGUUUGUAUUUUAGGUGACGGAAAAAUUCUUAUAAAAAGCUCAACCCAGCUUGUUAUCUGCGACGCAUCAAAAGAUUCAUAUAAGGUGCUCAACGGUUUGGCAACUCUUGGUAAUUUCUCGAGGAUAGACAGGGUUUUACACAGAGAAUAUUAUCCUCUUAUGUAUUCACGCUCCAUCGAGUAUGUGGAAAGUUUGGUUUCACCUUCUGAUAUGUGUUCUAUCUAA